AUCAACAAUAACAUAUAUUUUAAAAGGAAUUAGUAAAGAAUACAGCGCAAGAACUGCAUAGUUGCUAGAUUUGUGGAGUAAAAAGUUUAAGGACUUAAAAAGCAUUGCAAACACAAAGGAUACCAAAGAACGGAUAAAGUAGAAAACAAGUGCUUAAAUAAUUUCGAUCUGAAGUGUAAAUAAAAUCAAAAUAAGUAAAAACAAAGAAACAACAAAUAAGAAAAAGACAAUAAUUGUAAAGAAGAGAAAAAGUUAAGUGGUGAUUGACAACAUACCAUAAAGAAAAGACGUUCAACAGAAGAGUUACGAAAGAGUUACGAUAGGCUAUGCAAAUGCUGCAUUCCGGAAAUGUAGUGGAAUCCGGUGCAGUUUAUUACAACUGAAGGCAUAUUGCAUAUAGCAAAAAGCAGUGUAUCAGUGUAUGCAUGUAAGGGGAACACAUGAUAAUGCACUGGAGUUAUUUGCUUCAAGCAAGGAUAAUUUCAAAUCAAAAACAAUAACAUACUAAGGCAACACGUACGAAUAACUGCAAAUGACAUGUAGCAUUACUGCACCAAAUACUGCAAGAGAUUUAGAAACAAGUAGAAAAAAUAAACUUAGAAACAUACGUACGUUUAUUUAUAUAAUAUAUAUUGAGCAACUUGUAGAUACGUCUUAAGACUGCACUUGUGAGAUACUCAGUAGGUAAAUGCUUGUGUAAUUGCUUUCGUUAGCCCUGUGUGUGUAUAUAAUCACAGAGCCACAGAGAAGAUAUCCGUGCAAACAUUUUAUCCCAACAAAAAUACAUCGGUUAACAAAUUGCGUAGCUAUUUCGAGUCAGUUUUAAGCAGUGCGCGAAACUACGCGGUAAAGUGCAUUAUUGAAUUCCAUAAACUGCGAAAUUUUAGUGAGCUAUAAAAAUAUUACUAACAUCUUAGAAAACAAAUCCAGAACUCAAAAGAAGCAUCAACUCUCCAUUGGUUCAUAUCGGCAAAAAACACAAUCAGGAUUUUUUCUACUCCAUUAAAUAUUCUUCUUUGUAUCGACCACAUAGCUGACUUAGGUUGCCCUACUUUUAUUGUUUGCUGCAAGUGUGACGUCAUUGGAAACAAUAUUAAGUUUUAUUCAAAAUCUCGUUUACGUUCGGUUUGAUUUGUUAGCAUGGCACGCGGGUCACAUAAUUCGGUUUUAUCCGGGCUAAGUAAUGACAUUGCUCGCAUAAGUUUGGUUGUUUUUGUUUUACUAUUACGGUUGUCUUCGGUAUUUGGCGUUUCAGAUCGUUUGGUUGUACAAACAACAAGCGGUCCUGUACGCGGUCGUUCGAUAACAGUACAAGGACGCGAGGUGCAUGUUUACUCUGGCAUACCUUAUGCAAAACCACCAGUAGAUGAUUUACGUUUUCGCAAGCCGGUGCCCGCUGAGCCAUGGCAUGGGGUUUUAGAUGCUACACGUUUACCGGCAACCUGUGUACAAGAAAGAUAUGAAUACUUUCCUGGAUUUUCUGGUGAAGAAAUAUGGAAUCCUAAUACAAACGUUUCUGAAGAUUGUUUGUAUAUAAAUAUUUGGGCACCGGCAAAGGCACGAUUAAGACAUGGCCGCGGUGCAAAUGGUGCGGAGCAUGCUGGAAAAUCAGAAACAGAUCACUUAAUACACAAUGGUAAUCCGCAAAAUACCUCUAAUGGACUGCCAAUUUUAAUUUGGAUUUAUGGUGGUGGUUUUAUGACUGGUUCUGCAACGCUUGAUAUAUAUAAUGCUGAUAUUAUGUCCGCUGUUGGGAAUGUUAUUGUUGCAUCUUUUCAAUAUAGAGUUGGAGCAUUCGGAUUUUUGCACUUAUCUCCGGUUAUGCCAGGAUUUGAAGAAGAAGCACCUGGUAAUGUUGGAUUAUGGGAUCAAGCACUGGCUAUACGUUGGUUGAAAGAAAAUGCUAAAGCAUUUGGCGGGAAUCCAGAAUGGAUGACAUUGUUUGGUGAAUCAGCGGGUUCAAGUUCAGUAAAUGCUCAACUUAUGUCACCUGUUACGAAGGGCUUAGUCAAACGAGGAAUGAUGCAAUCAGGUACUAUGAAUGCACCAUGGAGUCAUAUGACAUCUGAAAAAGCUGUGGAAAUUGGAAAAGCACUUAUAAAUGACUGCAAUUGCAAUGCUUCAUUAUUAGCGGAAAAUCCUCAAGCUGUUAUGGCUUGCAUGCGUGCCGUUGAUGCAAAAACAAUUUCUGUUCAGCAAUGGAAUUCAUAUUCGGGCAUUUUAAGCUUUCCAUCGGGGCCAACUAUUGAUGGAGCCUUUUUACCAAGUGAUCCAAUGACUUUAUUACAAACAGCUGAUUUGACUGGUUAUGAUAUACUAAUGGGCAAUGUUCGUGAUGAAGGUAAGUUAUAUUAG